UCUUCAGAAAAGCCUCUCAGAGAAACAGAGAUUAGGUCUAAAAUCAUUUUCGAAUUUCGACGACACGAUUCAUCUUCUCGAAUUAGAGAUAAUGGAUACUUCAAGUCCUUCAGCUUUUGUGAACGGAGCUCUGUUGAGGCGUUAUAUUGGUCAGAAGGUCAGAACUGUGAUUCAAGUGAUCGGUUCAGACACUGGUUCUGUGGUUGGGAAAUCUACUGAUGAUCUUCAGAUCGUUGUUAGGGGACCGUCUCCGACUCCUCCUCUUACUACUUACCUUGAGGUUAUUGGAAUUGCUGAGAGUGAUAACUCCAUUCGUGCUGAAACUUGGACCAACUUUGGCAACACUUUUGAUCCGCAGAAUUACAAUGAGCUAUGUAAGCUAGCGAAUGGGGAGUUCAAGCACUUGUUCAUCUAAUGUUGUUGUUGAUGAUCAUCCAAGUGAUUCCAUUAAAACCUUUUGUAGAUGCUUAUGCCUUAAUUAUGUCACACCCAAACCUUUUCUGGUUCUGAGAUUUGCUUUUUUUACUUAGUCUAUGUAACCACUUCUUUAUCUAUUACAAUUAAGCUUCAAUUGCCUUUUCUU